GCCUGGUGCAAGAAUCAACGCACAGCAAGAGCACAGCACAAGACAAGCAAGCGCAAGAAGACCUCCAGAAUGAAGCUGUCCAUCUUCUCCGUGUUCUUCACCAUCGCCUUCUUGUCUCAGUUUUACCUGAGAUCUGAGGCAGUUCUGAUGCCCAAUGCAGAUGAGCUGGACCUCAAGCCAGAGACUCUCGUGGAAGGACUGGAGGAGAACGCCCUGAGUUCCGGACCGGUGGGUUCCAGGAUCAUCGUGGUGGCUGACUCCAACCUGCUGAGAAACCUGAAAGCUCUGGACAGGACCUUCCCACACCUGAGCCUGGCCGAGAGAUUCCUGACCCCCGAACGCAGAGACGCCAGCGCCGAUCUCGGCACCUCCAUCAUGAGGAGGGACACCAUGAGGUGCAUGGUGGGACGAGUGUACCGGCCAUGCUGGGAGGUGUAGUUCCUGCGGAGGAGUCCAGUAACGAGGCUGAAGAUACAAGAAAAACAUCUGCUUAAUGCCCAAUGUUGCUAUGGACUGACAUGCAGUACAAAUACUGCCAUUUCUUGUGCCUGUAUAUCAAUCAUUGCUGAGUAUGUAUAUGCCAUUUAUCCAGAUCAAAUGUAAUUAAACAAUAUCAAUACUGAA